AUGAGCAGUAAUAAGAAACAUUUAAUGUUUCAUAUCUACAAGGUUCGUUACACUUACAACGCAGAAGCUACAGGCUCGGACUUGCAGCGCAAGCUGGACCUUCUCAAUGGCACAUUGGAAACUGAGAGGGCCGAACAGGCGCGCCGUCAGAUGCAGUAUAUUGCUCACUCGGGGUACUCAGAAGACUCGGACUACACUUCUGACCUCAACUAUCCAGUGGGGCAGCAUGCCAACUGCAGCGCGUCACAGUUCCGAAGCGCCGCGCAUCAGAUGCACACACCACAGAGAUCGCUGGAAGUUUCACGGGAGAAUUCGUACGAAAAUGAAAGGGAUGAGUAUCAUAUGCACGGCGAUACAGAUCCCCUCUAUUACAAUAGCCAACCGAGGACUAAUAGGCUGACUGGCAAUCUGUGGAGGAUCAACGUCAGCCGAGGUCUAGAGCGACAAGGGACGCUGUAUGAUGACAACGUGGGCUACAGUUAUGAAAUGUACAGCGCUUCUACACACAUUAGGGACCACUCUCAUGUAUCACAACAAGCCAGUUACGAAGAGUACUUCGAUUCCAACAGUUUUGCUACCAAACAACUUACGUUACCACAAGUGCCACAUAAACCGUCGAUGCCAUCAUCUCGAUAUUCGGAUUAUAACGAGAUGGCUCCGUACAGACCACGGCCGCGACGUACAGCUGCAAGCCUGCCAGCGACGCCAUCCUCUACACCCAAACGAGGCCGAGCGCUUCCUGUACCACCUGCAGGCGACGGAGGCUCACUUCGUGGUGCUCGCGGCCGUCGUUUGCCUAUGCCUCCACCUGUGCCGCCUCCGUUAACGUCAUCGUUCUCAACAAUGACGUCGACAUUUGCUUCACUGACGUCACAAGCCCAGCUGACGACGCAGACGCCAACAGCGCUUACUCGGCAUCAUCGUGUGCCCUCAGCCUCCACGCUUAUAGCUACGCACGUGCCUUACGUAUCCGAAACCGAAAAGAGUAUACCUGACGUGAGCUAUGGUUACGAUAGCUAUGGAUACCAGCAAGAUUACCAAGACACAAGCAUUAGUCAGUAUCAGGAUAAUAAUUUUAACACAAGUAAUUACGAUGAAGAUGGAAUGCACCCAUUCUUCGACGAGACCCCACAUGCCACUCCACCAGCCGCUGCUCAAAAAGCAACAUGGAACGAAACAGAGACAAUAUCCCAAUUUACGUACCCUGCUACUAGCGAGAUUGAUUCCCUGAUAACGAAAUCCGUGCCAUCAACGAUUUCAUCUUUCUUGCCUCAAUUGCCGGUAACUACACAACAAGAAGUUUACCAAGAUAGUCAACAGUAUGAUACGCAGUAUGACGAUCAACAAUAUCGUUACGAUCAACAAGAUCAGCAGUAUCAGGAUCAAAAUCAGUAUCAAGACAAACAGAACUAUGAGCAAACGGAUUGUCAAUAUCAACAACGGUUUGAAAAUCAAUUUCAAGAAGAACAGACUGUUAACCUUCAACAACCUCAAUAUCAUCAAGAUUUGCAGUAUCAGAACCAACAUCAACAGGACCAACAGUAUCAGCAAGACCAACAAUUUCUGCAACAAAAUCAGUACUUACAACAACAAAAACCCCUACAAUUACAACAACAACAACCACAGCAAUAUCAACAACAACAACAGCAGCAGCAGCAACAACAGCAAUACCAGCAACAGCAACAGCAACCUGCUAAGCAGCCUGCACAACAAUUACAAACAACUGUACUUACUGGUGCUGCUACCUUAGGUUCGUUGAUGGCGGGCGGAGCUAAGAAACUAGGCAACUUCUUCGGUGCAGCCGCUGCUGCUGUGACUCCGUCAGUUCAACCUCCACCGCCAGUACCAGCGACCACCAUAACAACAAAUCAGUUUAAAUCGUCUGUAGCCCCCGUAACACCAUUCUCAAGUACCAUAACAACGACAUCCGUCCCUGAAGAAUUGCCGUUAGUGCCAGUAACUACUGUAACCACAUCAGCACCCAUAACUCUACCACGUACUCCAUCUUUGAGAAGACAGGAGUCCAUACAAAGACCUUCGGUGCGUCGAACGCGUACGUUACCAGACGCACCGGAAGACUUAGCUCAGUCGAGCUUUGACGAAAGUGCCUACGAGGACGAGUAUCAUAAGACUGAAUACGAUCAAUCAAUAGACCGAGAUAGAACGUCUUUGGAUAGGUAUCAUGAUGAUGAGUAUCAUGAAACUUCUCUCGAAAAGGUUCCUGAAGAAAGACGUUUCUCGGAGGUGCCAAGCCCUGGUUUGCAGAAGCAGGUGUCUCCUACAAAGACUAUAUCACAGAUACGGAAACCUUCAGUAGAUAGUUAUCACAGUCAAACGCCGUCGAUUGUUGAUCGUAGAACCUCGCAAAGUUCUUUUCAUCAUGAAGACAAACUUUCCAUUCCCACGACACAGGAAGAAUUAUUUUCUGAAAAAUCAAAAGUCACAUUUCAAGAUGACCGCACGACGACGUACCACGAAGUCCCGGAACAACCUAAUGGUUUUCACGAUACGGAACCUUAUGAUGACAAUGUCGAAGAAUAUCGUGACGAAGAUACUUAUCAAGACCAAGACGAUACUUUCAGAGAGGAAAGAGAAAAGUUUGACGAGGAUCAGGAACAAUAUCAGGAAACUGACGAUCAGUACCAGGAAGAAGAUAGUGUCUUUAGGGAAGAACAAGUGAGGGCGGAGGACAAUCAAACGGAGUAUCAGCCCGAACAACCAAAGUUAACUCCGAGGCAAAGAUGGCAUCGGGCAUACAAUAAGAUCGUGAUGCAGCUAAAUGUAAGUACUUUUUUAUUUAUAACGAUGGAUGCAGAUUAG